AUGUCAAAACAACCAAUAUACCCUAUCAACCUAGUCUACUACAAUCAUGAAAAUGAGAAACUAGUAGACAAGACAAAAAUUUUGAGACGGAAGUUGCUUACUCAAGAUAAAAUUUUGAGCUGGGAUAUAUCGCGAAGAAAGAACAUGAACAUGCUAUGUUGUUUAUUAUGUUAUGCGAACCACGACUCUCAUAAUCACUUAUUCUUUGAAUGUGAGUUUUCAUCUCAAGUGUGGGGUAUGGUUAGGCAUAAGGUUGGCAUGGAUUUGGUUCAGCCAGUGUGGGAUGAAGUUGUUUCGUGGUUGCGUGAUCGUGCCAAGUCGAAAUCCGUAAAUGACUAUGUUGCGAGACUGUUAGUGGCGGCUAGUGCUUAUUUCAUCUGGCAGGAGCGUAAUGCGAGAUUGUUCAAGAAUCAAUUGCGUCCUCCGGAAGUUGUUAGUGAACUUAUUACUCAACAAGUGCGGUAUAAACUUAUGGGAGCAAAGCUGAAGGAUUGUGCCAAUGUUCGAAGGGUCCUCGGGAAGUGGGAGAUCAAGGGUUCCGAAAUGCAUUAUGAUGGCAGCUGA